AUGACUCCUCCUAGUUCUUCUGCCGCCGCCGCCAUGUCUCCGGCCGCCGCAGUAGCCGCACGUCAGGAACGAAACGAUGAUGCCGCAGAACGUGACAAUGCCGCUGAUGAUGGCCUGGAGGAUGCCGCCGAUGCCGCUGAUGACGGCCAUGAUGCAGCUGCCAAUCGUCUGCAGGGCAGAUCGGAUCUGUUUGUCCCAAGUUUUCCUGUCAGCAAUGAUUCGGGGAGGGGGGGAAAUCGGGCGGUGAGCGCCCGCCCGCCGGCAGUGGGAUCAUUUGUUCUACAUACGCAGGAGAGAACGCCACCCAUGUUGGCGAUGUGGAUGUGGACUGGGUGCGUGUGA